AUGGCUUUUGUUUCCUCGAACAACAACAAUUUAGUUUUGAAAACAAAAAACAGCUUGCUGGAAAGGUAUCGAGCAGAGCACUGGAAGAGGAAACGGAAGCUGAAGGUUGGGAAGGAGCAAGAGGAGGAAGAGGAAGCGUCCACUGGUUUCGCAUCGUUCAUCCUCUUUAUUGCUUUCCUAAUAUAUGUGGCCUUCGGUGCGUUACUCCUUCCACUUCUCAAUGGAGAGGUAAGUCCAGCUUUGCGUUGUUUCGUCCCUGAUUACCCAGACCUUCUUGGCUAG